AACAACACCCCAACAUAUUCUGCCAAAAAAAUUGCAAUAGUACCCUACUUUACGGUUGAGCAAACUGUACACUUGUGCAUGCUUUAGUCCAUGUUAUUCCUUUUUUGAUGAGGAAUAAAUACCCUUUUCUUUCUUUCUACAUUUAAGGAUGCCUUUUCAUCUAAUUGAAUUUCAAGCAAGCGAGGAGAUUGCUGUUGUGCCAAUUGACUGGUAUGAUGACGGGAUGGUGUACUGGCCCAACUUUAAGAGCACUGAACGUGUGAAAAGGGCAGCUGCUAACGAGGAGAAGCAUGAGCCAAACUGGCCAAGAUAUGACGUAAAGGUCGUCAGAACUUGUGACAACUACAAAGACGCCGUUAGGCUUAUGAAUCAAUAUCAGACCGGCUGCAACACCUCUGAGCUACAGUCUGAUGCAGAGCAGGAGGGUGAGCUGCCAGAGAAAAGAGUCAGGAAGCCACCAUCGUUUUGGGGACUCGAUGAGAGUGAAGAAGAGCCAGAAAAUGGUGACUUUGCAUCUCUGAGGUCGUCACGACCUUUCAAUUUGCCUGGUGUAUCAGCUGAAGCCUCAAGCUCAAGCCAAUUGCACUGGCAGACUCCACCAUCUCGCCGAGUGCCAGGCAGCAGAGUAACUACUCCUCAACCUGGAGAAAACUGUCUAGCACCUGACCAUGGGGCAGGACAGCAACACCCUUCACCACCUCAACUACCUGCACCUGCAUUUAACAUGCAGAGAGUUACUCAAGGAACGGCAGGCCCUCCACAACUCCCUCCACCCCCCGCACCAGCCCUCAACAUGCGGCGAACAGAGGAGCCCUGUUCAAGCCUGACCUACAGACCAACAUGGCGAGGGGGAAGAAUGACCGAUACCAUUCCCUGCUCUGCGGCUGAGGUCCACAUCCUUAGCCUGCUGGAAACCAUUAAACAGCAACAAGACCAGCUUGUGGCAAGGGUGAACUACCUCAGCAGCAGGCUGAACAGCACCCGGGCCAGAUGUUGA